GCGAUCAGCAAUUCCUGCAAAUAAGAUUUGAAAAGUGUCUUUGCAUUGAAACGACUGGUUGUGUGAAUCCAGCUGUUUUUGUGCAAUCUAAUCAGUAAAAUCACUAAAAUCGUUUCUAAUGUCCUAUCGCGCCCUAAAAUUGGUUGCUAUCUUUAAAAAUUUCGUUUCUUUCUCGUAAUCCAGUUGUUUCAAUCAUCACUGUGUUGUUUGUUCAGAGGAAUUUUCGAGAAGAGUUUUUAUACACCCAUUUGUCACGAUGCGCCGCUCCGCCUCUUUCACUGCUGGGCCCAGUGACCACCGACCAUCUAGGAUUCCAACGCCUGUCGUAUCAAAGCCUUCGACCGUGACAGCCACCACUCCUAGUACUCCAACCUUUCGUCGGAGAACUGGUUCUCUUAGGCUGCCCAGUUCAAGUCCUGCUGAAGCCUAUUCAGCUCCGCCCAUUGCAUCUCCCGGUGUUCUAAGGAGAACGGGCUCCAUGCGACUACCCAGUAGGAGCCCCUGCUUUGACAAUAAAGACGUUUGGGGUGUCGGUUCCGGAUCUUGGGGCAAAAGGCAGCAACUUCGCAGACAGCAGCAAGGUGACACGGCGGCCGGACGAACGACUGGGCUUACCUCUCCACUGUCCACAAGAGGGUCUAACACUUCAAUCGACAAACUGCACCUGAGUCACCAUCACCUCAGAAGACCCUACGAAGACGACGAUGAUCUCUGCUCUGAAGUGAGUUAUGACUCUACAAUGUCAAUGGACAGGACAUCAUCGAGAAGAUAUGUGGUCCAUUGCCCAAGUGAUUUAAAGUCUCAACAAAAUGGAACUCCAUACCUGACCCCAACACAACGCACGGCCCUACUUAACAAAGAGCUCAAAGCCAAGUUAAAACAGGCUAUGGAGGAUGUUUCCCUGAGAGAUUUGGAAAUUUCCCGUCUCACUCAAGAGUGUGUCGAGCUGAGAAUGAAACAUGCAAGACUGAGCGUCAGUCCGGAGCAGUCGCCCACUCCAUCGGGAAUAGAAAAGGAUUCGUUAAAUUCGUCAGUGCACAGCGAACUGCCCGCUGAGUCAAACUCUGUGUCGAUAAUUAGUGAGGAGGAGCCGAGGGACAGGGCGGAGAGGAGAGACAAAAUCACACCUCCCCUGUUAUCCGGACCAAAACCCACAAGGCCUGAUAUUUUGAACUUGAGCUUCACCACCAGUGAUGGAAUUCGUCAACAACCAGACAACUGUCUGUUUAAUAGCAUGCCUGUUGUGAUUCAGGUACCUGUUUGGCCAGAAGGGCCAAACAAAACUGUGAAGGAGAGAGAAGAUGAGAAGUCUGUGAUGCAUCCAGUGGAUGAGAAACCUAAAUUGAAGCAAGAAGACUGCACCGAGAAAAAUAUUAAAACCGCGACUAAACAAUUUCAGGAAUCAGACACGCAAACUGAUCCUGACGAUAUUGAAAUGCAGCUGAAAGCGGCGCAAGAUGCCCUCAUCGAAACCAAAGUAAGUUGCUCAUGCACUUGCAGCUAUUUAAAAAGCAGUGGAUCGAGGAUUCAAAAGCAGCUGGAUGCAGAGCAGGCUAUGAUCUUAUGGCGUGCAGCUCAGACUCAGGUUCAACUUAGUCGACUACGUAAAGCUGCAGACAAUUCUCAAGCAGAGGUGACACUGAAGUUCCUCAAGUCAGCAUUUUUCCAUCUCAUAACAGACAGCAGCCAAGGCAUGACUCAGGCCACAAAGUCACACUGGAGAGCAAUUCAGUCAAUCCUAGGGUUUAGUCAUGAAGAGAGUCAAGCUAUGGAUGCAGCUUUGGCAGCUGGAGCGUUUCCUGGCAGCACUUGGUGAAUUUCUCUGAAGAUCAGUUUUUUCAAUAAUAAGCCAAUGCUAAUUAGCUUUGUAAUAAUUAAGUAAAUUGUGAUGUCAACAGGUUGUUUGUCUUUCAGCAUUUUUAUCAUAUCACUAUUGCCAAUUGUUGUAAAUGGCAAUUAUACCUUAUAAUUAUAUCAUUGCAGCUAUUGCAGCCACAUAGUUCCAAACAUUUGAAACCAUAAUACAUAUAGUAUGUUUUAAUGUGUGAUUUUUGCCUUAUCGUAUUGAUGAAUGGUUAAUUUUUUGGCCUAUCUAUUGGUUGAAUUAGGUUGAUUUUUUUAAGAACUUAGUUCCUAAUAUAUACAGCAGAUAAAAGAAGGAAAAAAAUACUUAUGUACUCUUUAAAAAAGAAAUAAAACUCGUUACAAAAUGAUCAUAGAAAA